CAGGUUCUUUCUUGUUCCCGAUCCCCCUCGGGUCUGGCUCCGGUCUGCUCUACUUUCUCGAAGCCCCCUCGAUGUGCUAAGACACUCAGACAGGGCCCUCUUGAAAAGAGAAACUCGGACAUCUGCUCGAUUAGCCCACCUUGGAAGUGUCAUCUGGCCAGAUGAGGCGGCUGGAGGCGAGGGGUCAAGACAAGGUCUCUCUUACGAACGGGCAAGUUGGCACAAGAGAGAAUUUUGUGUGUAA